CCGCCCGCCAGCCCGCUGGAUAAGUUGUAUUUAUUAUUACGACGCAGUAAGUUGGUUUUUUCUUUUAUUUUUUUGUCGUUUUCCUUUUUCCCGUACCACUGACUCGUCACGCACCAGUCGAACGUAAUAUUAUUAGACACAAAUUUUUUUUCAAUUCCUUACGAAUUGUUUUUUUUUUUGUUUCCGAGUUCGCCUUUGAGAAUCGAGUGUCACGUUUAUACAUUCCUGCGACGAUCGUAAAGUGUCUAUACCCAGUAGACGACAUUAUUCUGACACACAACCGUUGGGUGUGCUCAAACCCAAUUCGUUGCACACGCACUGCGGUUUUUCUAGAAACCAGUCGGGAAAAGUAGACAAUGUCGGACGGUGAAGGUUCGGCGCAGACGGUCGCAUUGGAGACGGGCGGCCAGUCGGACARCAUGACGGUGGCCACGGAUGGCCAGCAGUUGCAGCAGCAGAACGUGUCYAUCACCAAAGACGACGGCGAACCUAACCCGAAAAAGGCCAAACUUUCCAGUGGUGGUGGCGAUGUGUUCGGCCGCGGCGGCGGUGGCGUCGACAAGCAGCACACUGCUUCAGAGAAACUGGAGCAUAGGCUGGGAGGUAUAUUGUGUUGCGCCGUGUGCUUGGACUUGCCCAGGUCGUCUAUCUAUCAGUGUACAAAUGGGCAUUUAAUGUGCGCUGGAUGCUUUGCUCAUUUGUUGGCUGAUGCACGCUUACGAGAUGAAAUGGCUACAUGUCCCAAUUGUCGUGUGGACAUUGCAAAAAAUACAGCCACACGUAACUUGGCUGUUGAGAAAGCAGUUAGUGAACUGCCAUCAGAGUGUCAGUUUUGCGCCAAAGAAUUCCCGCGUAAUACAUUACAACAUCAUGAACAACAGCUUUGUGCGGAAAGACCAGUAAAAUGUGGAUAUAGUAAGAUAGGCUGCCCUUGGCGUGGACCCAGCCAUGAAGCAUCUGAACACGAAAAAGUGUGCCCUCACCCAUCAACUACAGGAAAAGAUGUUAUGUCUGCGCUUGAUGCUAUGGACCAAAAGUUUCAGGAAGAGAAAUUGUUAUAUGACACCAUAUUUGACUUGAUGAGUUUUGAAAAGAUAACAUUUAAUGAUUUGCAAUUAAAACCAUACCGAACAGAAGAGUUUGUACACAAGUUGUAUUAUGAGACCGCCCGAUUUUCAGCGUUCAAUUUUCAGUGGGUUGUCAAAACCCGCAUCAAUAACAUGCAAAGAGACCCAGCAUUGAGUAUUGAUCGUCACAUGUCAUACCAGCUGAUUCUGAAAACCAAAAUUCCCACACCUAUGUCUGUCCAUUAUCUAGUAGUUAAAGGACCAUUUGGUGAUAUGAAGGUGAAUCCGAAAAUAUAUAAGUUUGAAUUCAACGAGAAUGAAACAGAAACACAAUUUGUAACAUUGCCAUUACCAGACUCAGCCGAAUGUAAUAGGCUGUUAGCAGCCAAAACUAUAAAUUUGAGGUUGAUCAUGUUUUUGGUGUCGAAAUAAUCACAAAAUCAAUAUAAAUAUUAAUUAUUUAAUACAUAUUUUAAUCAUCAAAAAGCUGUUUCCACUUAUAUUAUUG